AUAUUUCAAUGAAACUAUUCAUUUGUCCUGUGCUUUUAACACAAAAGCCCGGGAUGCAUUUUUCCUUUUUUUUGUCAGAGGGAUUAAAUUCGCCUUUUUCUGGAAAACGGUAACGAGGUAACGAACUGUCCUGACACGACGUCGCCAACUGGGAGGCCAAAUAACGUCUGACAAUAACGUUUUCCCUUAUUUUAUUACGUUAUCCCACUCGGACGGUUAAGCGACUCAACGCGGAGGGAUAAUGACGACCAAUAUGAGAAGGCCCGAACCUCCGAAACGUUAUUUUCACUUCAGUCAACUUCGACGAAUAUAAGACAUGGUCGAACGUGUUGCGUUAAAUAACAAACGAUUUUAUUUGGUGUGAGUAGAUUUCAUUUGGGUGUGGCAAACACACUACUUUGAUAGGUGUGUGCCACUUAGCCACGUUAGCUCGACGCUAAGCUAACAGCUAACUGCUUUCAUAAACAUCCUUGACUUUGUCGCGCGUUACGUCGCAUACCACGGAUUUAUCCACGCUGCGCACGUAUAUUCAAAGUUCUUCCAACAUAUCUUUACUAACCAAUUACGACACAAACGUCUUACUGGAGGAUACGGUAUUGGCACUAUACAUUACAUUAUGAUAAUUAAACAUUUUGCAGAAAUAUGGCAAUUCCAUUUGCUAGUCAAACACUCUUAAAUUCCCAAGAUUGGAGUCCUUUCUAUGACGUCACCGUUAAGGUUCAUUGGAAGGGCAUGUUAACUAACUCCUAGCUAGUCUUAAGAUUGUGUUGUUUGAUUAACACUUCCAAAUAGACUAGCCCCAAAUAUGUACCAAAGUUGUGUAAAAUGUCUGCAAAGCAUCCCAGAAGUCAAACACCAAGCUGAGUUUCGACCUAACCCCCAGUUCCCAGUUGGCAAAUUGCAAUGUGUAGUUUAGUCCAAUUUCCAACACCCACUAACUCCUCCAGUGACCCCAAGUUGUUAGGGGGAGGACUUUUAAUGGUUGUGUUUACAAAAUAUGGAGAAAGCCUGUCACAGCACGAGGAUGGGGAGCUGGAGGAGGGCGAAUUGGAAGACGAUGGGGGAGAUGUAGUGAUGGGAGGCGACGCGUCCGCCCCAGGAGUAGUGGGAGGUGGCGAUGACGUGGUCGACGAAGCAGGUGCAGGUGGCGGCGCGGCAGGGGAUGGAGGCGCGGAGCGACCCGCGCGGAGUAAAGAGCGCCACGCGAGCAGCGAGCCGGACGAGGAAAGGUCACACCGUCGCAAGCGCAAGAGAAAGAAGGAGAAGGAGAAGGAGAGGGAACGAGAGCGGGAGAAGAGGAGGGCCAAGAAGAAACGCAAAUCCAAACACAAACGCCACGCGUCGUCCGAUGACGACUUCUCGGACCUCAGCGAUGACUCUGACUACUCUCCCAGCGAGAAGAGGAAGUACAGAGAGUACAGCCCCCAGUACCCGCCCACCUCGCACGGAGGCUACGGCGGCUCAAAGAAGGGCGGCUACAUGAAGAUGGACAAGCAGGGCUACGGUGGUUACGACGGUUACGAAGAAGACAACUACGAAGGAGAGGAAGAGGAAGACAUGGGGGAUGGAGAAUACGAUGACUAUACCAAAGAACUUCACAUGUACCGCAAGUCCAAGGAGGGCGGACGAGGCGGACGAGGGGGCAGAGGUCGCAUGAGGAACAUGAGAUGCCGAGGCGGAAUGAGGGGUGGACGACGAGGAAGAGGAGGCAGCAGAGGAAGAGGACGAGGUGGAAAGAUGGGGGAUGAUGAUGGAGAUGGUUAUGGGGAGGACAUGGACUUUGAUGACGACUAUGACAACAUGGGGGACGACGACUAUGAUGACUAUCAGUACAAGAAGUCCAAAGACAGAGGAAGAGGCGGCAGAGGCGGUCGAGGGAGAGGCCGAGGCAAAGGACGCAUGAUGAGGGGCAAAAUGAGGAGCAGAGGGAGAGGACGGGGUGACAUGGGCGAUGAUGACAACAAUGGAGACAUGGACAACGGAGAUGGAGGAGGGGAUAUUGGACCAGGAAUGGGCAAGAGGAAUCAGCAUGACAAGUACCAGGACAAGAAAGGGAAAGCCAUCUGCAAGUACUACAUUGAAGGGAGAUGCACCUGGGGGGACCAUUGCAACUUCAGUCAUGACAUUGAGUUGCCCAAGAAGAAGGAGCUGUGCAAGUUUUACAUCACUGGAUACUGUGCUAAAGCCGACCACUGCCCUUACAUGCAUGGUGAAUUUCCCUGCAAGCUGUUCCACACCACAGGAAAAUGUGUCAACGGUGACGAAUGCAUGUUCUCCCAUGAUAACCUAAAUGAAGACACCCAGGAGCUGCUGAGCAAAAUGCUGGCAGAGGAUGCAGAGGCUGGAGCGGAGGACGAGAAGGAAGUGGAGGAGCUGAAGAAGCAAGGAAUCAACCCUCUCCCCAAACCUCCACCUGGUGUCGGCCUCCUCCCCACUCCUCCUCGUUCGGUCCCUGUUGAUGGGAAUGGCGGAGCGGGAGAUUUUGGAGGCCCUGCGGCCGGUGACUUUGGGGGUGUCCCUGCUGCCAAUCAAGUGUCCACCGCCCCCGUGGCUCCAUCCCAGCCUGGAUCGGUUCCCAACCCCUGCAUGGGUGCUCCACCUGUACAAAACCUUGAAGAAACUUCUUACCAAGGAGUGCCCCUAAAUCCCAAUGGGCCUCCGCAACACAUGGGCCUUUCUCCUGCUGGUGGUGGUGGAGGUGGUGGCGGGAAGAAGAUCCCCUCCCUCUUUGAGAUCAAAGUGCAGCCGACAGGACAACUCGCUCAAAAACUUGCUGUCAGAAGCCAGACACCCAGUAGCAACCAGGCAGCGACCCCCGCACCUGGGGCUCCCCCGCCCUGCUUCCCCACGCCGCCAGGAAUGAUGUCCCCUGACAUGCAGAACCAGGGGCCACCCAUGAUGGGAGGAUUUGCAUCUGGAGAUUGCCCUCCACAUGGGGUCGCUAUUCCUCCUCAGGGUGGAGGGAACUACUUCAACAAUUUCUUCAAUCAGCAGGAGGGUAUCAAGAUGGAAGGAGUGAUGGAAGAAGGAAGCAAAUUUAGCAACCAAGAAGAUGCUGCUAAUGGAGCCAACCAAGGAGGAAUAUCUGUCUCGGACCUCCUGCCUCCAGCACAGCGCGUCCUCUUCAUGAGGAUCCAACAGAAGCAACAGGAGAAGGAUCGAGCUCGCCGCAUGGCGGAUGGAGGCACAGACAAAAGCAGAGACACAGAAGGUGACUCAGGGAACUGGUAUUCCAGUGAAGAUGAGGAUGGUGGUGGCAGCGUGACAUCCAUCCUGAAGACCCUCCGACAACAGACCCAGGCUCCUCAAAAGUCGGAGGCUCCAAGUGACCCCCGCCUCCAGAAGGGGUCCCUUGGUAACCCUCCGGCUCGCCCAGCAGACCCCCGCUUGGCUCGCGACCCACGUCUGGCCCGUGCUGCUGAGUCUGCUCAAAUCGCUGACUCCACCCACCUCACACCCCCUUUGUCUUCGUCUGGGCCACCGGCAGAUCCUCGGUUAGCUCGUCUGGCUGCUGCCUCUGCAGGCUCCGUCCCCCACCCGGCUAUCGGUUCCAAGCAAGAAGCACCACUGGUCUACAAACCACCGCCUCUCACAGCGCCGGCAGAGGAAGAGGAGACAGAGCGAGUUCUUCGGGACAAGCCGGUACCGAUUCCACUGGACCCCCUCAUGGGCAUGGCUCUGAGAGACCCUCGCUCACAGCUGCAGCAGUUCAGCCACAUCAAGAAGGACAUUGUUCUACACAUGCCGGGUUUCUCCAAAACCAUCACUUGGUCCCCAGAGGACCUCCUUCCUCUUCCCCUCCCCAAACAGGACCUCCUACCACUUCCACCAGGUAUUCCUCCAGUACCUUCCCUUGACCCGCGUCUGUCCCGCAGCCAACCGCAGCUCCACUCACAAUCCCCCCCUGUACUGCUCACUUCCUCCUUGGACCCCCCUCCCUCCUCGUCGUCCUCCCUCCCAGACUUUGAGCUGUUGUCUCGUAUACUGAAAACUGUCAACUCUAAUCCUUCUCAGUCCUCCUCACCUCCCCUCCCGGUCCCCCCUCUGGCACUGCUGGGACAACCUCCUCCUGCUCCCCCCGUACCCACAGAAAAGCUAGUUGAUCCCCGCAUUGCACGUAAAUCAGCUGUAGACCCUCGCCUUCAGCCGCAAAAGUCGGCCCUCAAACAGCCUUCUGAACCUGUCCCCCCUCCCCCUUUAACCUCUGCAGUGUCCACAUCCAGUCCCCCCCCACAGACUAUUGCCCCCUAUGACCCAAGGCUCCUCUCAUCUGGUGGAGCAGGGCGCAGUGUUGCACCUGGAGCACCAGGGGGAGCCAAUGUACUGAGCAACAUCAGUCUAUAUGACCCAAGGACUAACAAACCAGGAAGCCCUGGUACCGCCAGUGGCCCCAACAACUCUCCCAACUCGGCCAGCACAGAGUCCCGACUCGGAGACUCCGUAGUUAGUAAACCCAAAUCCAAGGAGCCCUUGUUUGUUCGGAAAUCUGCGUUGGACCAGCCUGAGCCGGAAAAAAGCGGAGAGCAAGGCACUGACAGGUAUAACAGCUAUAACAGACCCCGACCCAAACCUGCCCCUUCGCCCAACUCCACCGCCCAGGUAGGACCUGCCAGUGGUCAAGGUGCUCCCGGAGCACCCGCAGACCAGGCUCCCGCGGGAGUCCACAACCUCCCGGUGUCGACUCUAUUUGGCGUUGUGAAGCAGGCGAGCAAAUCCGGCGGCACAGGCAGCCCGUUCGGAGGCAACAGCCCGGCCCAGGCGGAGCAGAGCACUGCCGAGAUAGACAACGGCUCUUUGAAGGACGUUUUCAAAGGCUUCGACCCCACGGCCUCGCCCUUUUGCCAGUGACCCGCAUGUGUCUCUGUGGGCAGAGGACAUGUGACUGGACUACAUGUUGUUGAUCCAACAUGCGCGCACACACACACACCAGGGUGUGAAAGACCUCGGAGAUGUGGGAUAGUGAAGAGUGUAUUUUAAUCAGUUAUUGUAUACACUUCUAACAGCACAACUUGCGUUUUAGCAUCAGGUCAUUACCUCACGUCUCACUUCCACAGUUUAGAUUUUAUUUUGGAGAAUCGUCAAACUGUUGGCCUCAUGUCAGUACUUUUGAAAACCCCAAUCUUUACUAUCAUAUGACUUCAAUAAUUAGUUACUAUUAGUCACUCUUUACUUUAUAUAUCUAAAUCUUCAUUUCCUUUUUUUAAUAUUUAUUUUUCUACUUCCAUGCACUGUCCAUGAAUGCUAAAUCUUUUAAUGUUUGUCACAUCAGCAGUUUACGUGUCAUUCCUCCAUGUCAGUGCUUUCAAAAGAAGGCCUCAACAACUGAUCUUUCAUCUUUCUUUCCCUCAAUCCCCCCACCCCCCAUCCUACUUGCCCAUUUGGUAUGUAGCUGAGAAAGGAAACCUUUUUGUUUCUUUUCCUCACCAAGGAGCGUCACAGGUGCUUAGUCGAGGUGGCUGAGGUCUGACAGGAGCGUCCACACGUCAGCUUUCAGCCACUUUUAUUCCUGUUACUCCCGAGUGGAAACCAUCUUGUCUGCGGCGUUUUCGCUGGCAGUGUGACAAUCACAAACGUAGUUUUACCGCCGCUGAGCAGCAAGAACACAAUUAUGUCUGGCCGUCUCUCAAUUGGUGCUCUUCCAUACUAGCGUUUUGAGUGCACAAGUGAAUGGACUUUAACACUCAACAUGCUAAUUAUGGAAGUGCGUUAAGUGAGACACAGCAUCUGCAUCUGUGGCGGCUUGGAGCAAACCGUUCAUGUAAGCGACGCUCUGGAAUGACCUGCAGAAGACAGGGCUUUGUAAAAAAAAAAAAAAAGGUAAUUUUAAUUUAUUUUUAUACUCUAUACUUCUAUACUUGCCAUUUGUAAAAAUGUUGUAAUUGUUCAGAUGUAAUGGCGUCAGCAGGGGAGAGAGGAAACAUUUAUUUUUUGUUCUGUCAUUCAAACAAAAGGCAGAGUCUCAGGCGUGUCAACCAUGUUAUUGUUGAUUUUUUUUCUUCUCCAGGCUUUGUAAAUCUGCUUCAUGGUUUUCUUUUGCAAUAAUAUCAGUUUGACCAGUUUGUCUAUGGAGGGGUGGACUUUUCUAACUGUACACUGUAGGUGAGUAUUUAAAUAAAGAUAUAAAUAAUUCCAA